CCGAGGCGAGUGUCCGCUGGAGACGGGAGGAGGCGGCGGCGCCGGCAGCAGCAGCAGCAACGGGUCAGCGGGCCGACGGUUGGCGACUCUCCCCUCCCUCCGGCACCUGGCGCGAUGUCCGUGCUGCGGCGCGGCCACGGGGCGUCCGUGGAGGAGGAGGAGGAGGUGAUGGAGGUCGAGGCCAGUCCCUUGGUCCGGUCCGCGACGGCGGACGAGCCGCUGCAGUCUGGUGGCAGCCGGCACCGGGAGCGGGGGCAUCCCACUCACGGCGGGCUGCAGUCGUCGCACCGGCUGCUGGCGUACAGCGAUGCGCUGAUCUCUAUCGUAGCCACUGUCAUGAUUUUGCCUGUAUGUCAUACAAAAAUUAGAACAGAUCAGGAACUGGAAGCAAGUCUGCAGCAACUUCUUGCAACCAAAAUAGCUGUUUACAUAAUGACGUUUUUAAUAGUGACUGUGGCUUGGGCGUCGCAUAUCAGAUUAUUCCAAGUAAUUGAACAAAUAGAUGAUGUUCUUGCCCUUCUCAAUUUGGCAUGCAUGAUGCUCAUAACCUUCCUGCCUUAUACUUUUUCCCUGAUGGCCUCAUUUCCAGAUGACAAACUUGGAAUUCUAUCAUUUUGUGUUUGUGCCAUUAUCAUUGGAUUAAUUCAGGCCAUAAUUGUAAUUUACGGAUUCCACCAACCUUACUUAUUGAAUGCCCUUAUUUGUGCAUCAAAUGAUCGAACUUCUUAUAAGUACCAAAUCUUAAAGGUGACCUUACAAGCUCCUGGUAUGUUCCUCAUAGCAGCAAUCAUGUCUUUCAUCUAUUGUCCAGUGGCAUACGCAGUGCUUGCACUUGUCAUCUUUCUCCCAUAUAUUAGUCAGGGUACACAGUGGUGCGGAAACAAGAUUAAGGGUCAAAAAGAAAUACAAAGAGUGUCUUUUUACACAUUUCAUCCAAAUGAGCCACUGAGUAAAGAGCGUAUAGAAGCUUUUAGUGAUGGAGUGUUCGCUAUUGUUGCCACACUUCUUAUUUUAGACAUAUGUGAGGACAAUGUUCCUGAACCUAAAGAAGUCGCAGUUAAGUUCCAUGGCAAACUCUUUGAUGCACUAAUUGAUUAUGGUCCGGAAUUUCUGGCUUAUUUUGGUUCUUUUGUGACAGUUGGCCUCCUCUGGUUUGUUCACCAUUCACUCUUUCUCUACAUCACUAAAUCAACAAGACUUAUGGGCCUCCUGAAUACUGUCUCCCUUGCUUUUAUUGGUGGACUUCCUUUGGCCUUUCAGCUCACUCACGAAUUUGCGGCCAAGUCACAUAAUGAAAUUGAGGCAAUUCAAAUUAGUUGUGUUAUAAUUUUUCUUGCAAGUCUCUUUCAGUUUGCAAUAUGGGUUGCUGCUCUCCACAAUGAAAAGGAAAAUUUACAUCACCAUAUCCAUUAUGGCGGCAAAGAACAUGCAUUUAUGUUUGCCAAACUUUCACUUUAUCCUUCUGUGGCAUUUAUUACAUUCUGCUUAACAUAUAUUUUAAGCAGGUUUAGCACAGAAAUUUUCCAUUUGAUGCAAAUUAUUGUUCCAUUCGCGUUUGUUCUUUUACGAAUCAUUGUCCGAAUUGCUCUAGUUAUUCUGACGUGGUUAUUUAGUCGACUAAAACCAAGAACAUCAGUGUUGAGCGAGGAAGAAGAAUCUGUCAUCUCUGGCAAUGAGACUUGAGAGUAGCAGUGUUAUAGAUUAUAUAGCAUAGAAAUAUUUUUAUUUCUAUGGUUUUGUUUUAAAAGUUCAUAUGCACAAAUUUGAAGAAUUUUAACAUUCCUUUGGUCCUUUUGAGGUAUUUUAUUCCUGAAAUACCUCAAAAGCUCAAUGUAUCAAAAUAACCCUCUAGAUGCUGUAAAAUAGUGAAAUGCACUGUGUAAUGUGGUUAUGUAUUAUUACAGAAUAUGAAAUAUGUUGGAAAAUGACAUUCCUAGGCUAUCAAAAUUAUUCCUAGUUUUGUCUAAAUAUUUUACAAGUCAUUUAAUUUUAAGUUUAAAUAAUUGUGUAGUGCUCCAAUUUCAGUGAUACUGUUACAGUAACAUUUCAGUACAUUUUCAGUUUGCUGUGUUAUGUCAGGUUUCAAUUUUGCCUCUUUGUUAACUUAAGAUACAUUUUUAAUUACAUUUUUCUAAAAUCGCAAUAUUAUCUGUUGAGUGUCAAAUCGUGUACAAGUCAGUUACUGAAAGAGUUGAGUUAUUUUACCAAUUGUUAUGAUUUGGGUAUUAAAGGUCAUAAGUGAUAAGAGUAGAUUUAGGCCAUUCGGCCCAUCAAGUGUACUCCACCAUUCAAUCAUGGCUGAUCUAUCUCUCCCUCCUAAUCCCAUUCUCCUGCCUUCUCCCCAUAACCUCUGACACCUGUACUAAUCAAAAAUCUAUCUAUGUCUGCCUGAAAAAUAUCCACUGACUUGGCCUCUACAGCCUUCUGUGGCAAAGAACGCCACAUAUUUAGUCACCACCCUCUGACUAAAAAAAAUGUCUCCUAAUAGAAUAGAAUGUCCUUUAAUUCUGAGGCUAUGACCUCUAGUCCUAGACUCUCCCACUAGUGGAAAGAUCCUCUGCAUAUCCACUCUAUCCAAGUUAUUCUGUAUGUUCUGUUUUAUUCUAUUCUGUAUUUUCUAUUCUGUAUGUUUCAAAGAGGUGUCCCCUCUUCAUUCUUCUAAACUCCAGCGAUUAUAGGCCCAGUGCCGGCAAGCGUUCUUCAUAGGUUGACCUACUCAUCCCUGGGAUCAUUUUUGUAAACCUCCUCUGGUCAGCACAUCCUUCCUCAGUAAAACACUUGAUCCGCCCACUCACCCUGAAACAAUACGCUGAAAUAGCAUAUUUGUCCACCACAGAUAAAUCCUUCAUUCCACUUGCCUGUCCUCAGUACCUAUGACAUGUUAAAUGAUUGUUCCAAACAAAAUAACAGAUUUUGGUGUUGCGGUAGUAAUUGUAAAAUAACUACAAGAUGAAGAGUGGAUUUAAUAAUAUUCAUUGAAUAAACUGGGAAAUAAACUCUUGUACAAUAGAAUGUUAUUAUGUAAAAUCCUGCUGUACCUAUUAACCUUUGUCUUAAUAUUUUAAAAAUGAAUCAAUUAUUAAAAUGUUGUCCUAUUCAGUGGCAUGGAUCAGUUAUUAAAAUGCCAUCCUAUUCAUAGUCCAUUGCUGUCAGUGGUUGAUUAUUCUGAAAUCUACAAUGUCAUUGCAAAUGACCACAUGGCUUUAAAUAAAUUAUGCUCAUACAUAUUGUUUACUUU